UGCAUCUCUAAGAGUACAAAAAUCCAAACACAAGAACAAAUUAUGGUGUCCUAUUUUGCUUACUUCUUGUUUUUUACUAUCUUGCUAGGUUUUUUCUUUCAACCAUGUUUCCAACAUCCAUUGUGUCAGAGAGAUGAGCGCGUUGCCUUGUUACAAUUCAAAGAAAGCUUUGUCAUUGAUAAGCAUGCUUCUUCUGAUGAUGAUCCUUGUGCUUAUCAUAAAGUCAAUCUUUGGAAAUCUCAAGCGAUGGAUUGUUGCUCUUGGGAAGGCAUAUGGUGUGACCAAGACACUGGUCAUGUUAUAGGCCUUGAUCUCAGUAGUAGCUGUCUUUUUGGUUCUAUCAAUUCCAAUAGUAGCCUCUUCCACCUCAUUCAUCUUCAACACCUUAAUCUUGCCUUCAAUCACUUCAAUUAUUCUAAGAUUCCAUAUGCUUUUGCAAAUCUUACAACUUUAACUUAUCUCAACCUCUCUAAAUCUUUCUUUUCUGGACAAAUACCAUUUGAACUUUCAAAACUUGCUAGCUUAUCCACCCUUGACCUAAGUGAUUCCUGUAUUUUCGGUUUAGAUGAAGGAUUGUUGGAAUUGAAAAGGCCAAACAUGAGAAGCCUAAUAGAAAAUAUGACAAGCCUGGAAUAUCUUCGUCUAACUUGUGUUAAAAUAAAUUCUAGAAUUCCUAAUAUGUUAGCAAAUAUGUCCUCCUUGAGGACCAUUCGUCUUGGUAGUUGUGGAUUGUUUGGAGAGUUCCCAAGUGCAAUUUUCCAACUACCAAAACUUCAAGUCCUUAUUGUGAGUUACAACCAUGGUCUUAUGGGUAAUUUGCCUGAAUUUCACUUUAAUAGCCAACUUAUGACUCUUGGAGUUGGCAUUACAAGUUUUUCUGGCAAGCUACCAACCUCAAUUGGAAUGCUUAGCUCUUUGGAGCAGUUGUAUGUUUAUGGUUGUAACUUCUCAGGCUUAUUACCACCUUCUCUUGGCAAUCUUACCAAGCUUCAGCAGUUGGUAGUUGAAGAAAAUAGCUUCAUUGGUACAAUUGAGAUUGAGACAUUUCUUAAACUCAAAUACUUGAAUACUUUGCUCUUAUCCUCCAACAAUUUUUCAUUGGACCAAGACCAACUAGAGUCCCUUGAAGUUCCUUUCAAUGACAUUACAGGCCAGAUACCACAAUGGAUAUCUUGUCUUCCUUCAUUUAGUGCAUUAUACAUUUUAGACCUUAGUUUUAACAUGCUUGAAGCGUCACUACCAAUCCCACCAUUCUCCAUCAAUUUCUUUCUAGUUUCUGGAAAUAAAUUCAGUGGAGAAAUCCCUCCUGAGUUUUGCAGUAGGACUUCUCUUGUAAUUCUUGAUCUAUCUCAUAACAAUCUCCAUGGAAUGAUCCCACAAUGUAUUAGCAACUUUAGUAAGUCCUUGUUGAUUUUGAAUUUGCAAGAAAACAGCUUUGAAGGUCCAAUUCCUACAUCUUGGGUAGCUGGAAACAAUAUAAAGGAGAUAAAAUUGGGACAGAAUAAUUUACAGGGGAAGUUACCAAAAUCACUGACCAAUUGCAGAAUGCUGGAGUUUCUUGAUCUUGGUAACAAUCAUAUAAGAGAUACCUUCCCUUCUUGGUUGGGAACUCUUCCCAACUUGAAGAUUCUCAUUUUGCAUUCCAAUGGAUUCUAUGGUCCAAUCAAUGUUCCAAAGUCAGAUGCUUGGUUCCCUAAUCUUCGAAUCAUUGAUCUUUCUUAUAAUGGAUUUAUUGGUCUCCUACCAAUAGAAUAUUUCAAGAUGUGGGAUGCCAUUGCCAAUGUUGAUAAGGCGAACACAGUAUACUGGCAUACAUCUGACUAUUUUCAAUUGAUGGAUGGUGGCAUCUAUACCAAUCCAUACCCUUACUCAAUGACAAUAACAAACAAAGGAGUGAAGAUGGAAUAUGCAAAGGUAUUAGAGAUUUUCUCAGCCAUUGAUCUUUCUUGCAACAAAUUUGAGGGUGAGAUUCUAGAUGUAAUAGGGAGCUUAAAGGGACUUCAACUGCUUAACCUUUCCAAUAACAUCCUUGUUGGUCCAAUCCCACAGGCCUUAGGAGAUCUCAAAAAUCUUGAAGCUCUAGACCUUUCUCAAAACAAGCUCACAGGAAGCAUUCCCACGCAGCUAACGCAACUCAAUUUCCUUGAAGUCUUCAAUAUCUCCCACAACCAAUUGACAGGAACUAUUCCGACAGGGCAGCAAUUUGAUACAUUUGAUAACAGCUCAUUUUAUGGGAAUUCAGGGCUGUGUGGAUUACCAUUGUCAAGGAAAUGUGACGACUCGAAGGGCUUGCCUCCGCCAUCUUCAACCUCUAAAGGAAAUGAAGACUCUGGAUUGCUAGCUGAAUUUGGUUGGAAAACAGUGGCGUUGGGUUAUGGAUGUGGAUUUGUUGUUGGUGUGGUGAUUGGAAACAUUGUUUUUGCAAGAAGACAUGAGUGGUUGAUGAGGACUUACCGAAUCAGGCUGUCAAGGGGGAGAAGGAUGAGGAGGAUCCAGUGAAGGUGAAUGUUCAUCUCUAUUGGUGGUAGCUUUUGUUCUGUAUUUCUUGUUCCUACAUUUCUCUCCUUUUUUUUUUUUUUUUCUUUUUUUUCAUUUUGUUUUGUGUGUGGGGAUUAUAUUUCAAGGAGAGUGCAGAAUCAAUGUAUUGUUUGGAUUGAACCAUAAAGCUGCAUGAAUAAAUUGCAUUUCUACUU